UUCUACCAGAUAACUACAUGCCAUUUAGCACGGUGCUAUAUAAAAUGCACUCGGCGAGCAUAAAAGCUUAGUAUUACAGCGUGCUGCGUUUUGGAACCUUUUUAAUUGUUUGAGUUCCGUUAUUGUAAUAUAAAUUUCGCUAUCACAAUGUCUAUUACAACGAAAGGUAUUUUCAUUGUUGGUGCAAAACGCACUCCAUUUGGCACAAUGGGUGGUGUAUUUACCAAUAAAAGUGCAACUGAGUUAUCAGUGGUUGCUGCAACUUCUGCUUUACAAUCUGCAGGAUUGAAACCAGAAAAAGUUGAUAGUGUUGUAUUUGGCCAUGUAUUAUCUAUGUCAUCCAGUGAUGGAGGUUUUCUGGCAAGGCAUACAGCAUUGAAGUCUGGAGUUCCUAUAGAGAAACCAGCCUUUGCAGUCAACAGAUUAUGUGGUUCUGGAUUUCAGUCAAUAGUAUCUGGGGCACAGAGUAUUCUAACAGGAGAGUCUAAAGUGGUUUUAACAGGAGGUGCAGAUAAUAUGAGCCAAUCUCCUUUUAUAGUAAGGAAUGUUCGUUUUGGUACUGUUUUGGGGCAAAAAUAUGAGUUUGAAGAUUCUCUGUGGCUUGGAUUAUUAGAUACUUAUUGUAAUUUACCCAUGGGCAUGACUGCAGAAAAGCUUGGAGCACAGUUUGGUUUGAAAAGAGAAGAAGUAGAUGCAUUUGCUUUAAGAAGUCAACAACUGUGGAAAGCUGCUAACGACGCCGGUCGUUUCAAAGAAGAAAUUGCACCUGUAACAGUAAAGACAAAGAAACAGGAAGUUCUUGUUGAUACAGAUGAGCAUCCACGUCCUAAAACGACUGUUGAAAGUCUAGCUAAGUUGUCGCCUGUUUUCAAGAAAGAUGGUCUGGUUACAGCAGGUUCGGCAUCUGGUAUUUGCGAUGGCGCAGGAGCUGUCAUUUUAGCUAGCGAAGAAGCCGUUAAAACAGAAGGACUUAAACCACUCGCGCGUUUAAUAGGUUACUCAAUUGUUGGCGUAGAUCCGAGCAUUAUGGGAUUUGGCCCUUCUCCAGCUAUUAGACAACUUCUUAAAAUCACGAACAAAACGCUUGAUGACGUGGAACUUGUUGAAAUUAACGAAGCGUUUGGAGCUCAAGUAUUAUCUUGCGCUAAAGAUCUAAACUUGGACAUUAAUAAAUUAAAUGUGGAUGGUGGUGCUAUUGCUCUUGGACAUCCAUUAGGUGCAUCUGGUAGUAGAAUUACUGCACAUUUGGUACACGAGCUCAGAAGACGAAAAGGCGGAAAAUUAGGAAUUGGCUCUGCUUGCAUUGGCGGUGGUCAAGGAAUAGCCUUAAUGGUGGAAGCUCUUUAAUCAUGAUAAAUAGGGC